AUGCACCAGGAGGCACAAAGAACAGAAGGAAUGCUUCCAAGUGAUGUUGUCAAUCUUCUUGCAGCUCGUGAGAAACAAACAUUCCACUUGGACUCGGAAGAUGAGAUCGCCGAUGAUAAGCUCACCCUAGAAAAGAAAAAGUCAAAAUUUUCUGGUGGAGGAGCCGUGCUCCUGACGAACAUACCACCUGCACAAUGUUUGCACAACUCCAUAGAAUUUUUGAAGAAGAGAAAAGCGCAGGUCUCAAGAUCAACUUCAGUUUUGAAGAACUCCAACCAGGCCUUACGCCUUCUCUCCACCAGUGCUGAGGAACCACCAUCAAGAAACCACGGAUGGUUUUUGUCUUUGGCAUCUGUUGGUUUUGAUUAG